AUGGUCGGGGCCUGCACGGCCCACCCCGAGGCAGAGGCAGACCAGGCCGUGCUGCCGCCGGGCUCUGUCCUGGCCCCGAACCUCAUAGGCCUCCGGGGUCCCCGCACACAGCCCCCCUCCGCCGGGGCCCGGCAGCCCACCCGGGACGCGCUGUGCGCGGGUUGGGGGGAUAUAUCCCAUGAGCCUCUGCAGAGCGUGCCGAGGGAGGAUAUAUCCCAUGAGCCUCUCGCCCUGGGGGACUGUAUCCCGUCAUCCCGCGGCCCGGCCCGGGGCUCGCAGGGGGACCGGGAGCCGCUGUACCGCGAGUGCCUGGGCCGCUGCGAGCGGCAGAACUGCUCGGGGGCGGCGCUGCGGCACUUCCGCGCCCGCCAACCCCUCUACAUGGGCCUGACAGGCUGGACCUGCCGCGAUGACUGCAAGUACGAGUGCAUGUGGCUGACGGUGCGGCUCUACGUCCAGGGCGGCCACAGGGUGCCCCAGUUCCAUGGCAAGUGGCCCUUCUCGCGGUUCCUGUUCUUCCAGGAGCCGGCCUCCGCCUUCGCCUCCUUUCUCAACGGCCUGGCCAGCUUCGUCAUGCUGCUGCGCUACAAAGCUGCCGUCCCCCCGGCCUCCCCCAUGUACCCCACCUGCGUCGCCUUUGCCUGGGUCUCCUUAAACGCCUGGUUCUGGUCCACCGUUUUCCACACGAGGGACACGGCUGUGACGGAGAAACUGGACUAUUUCUGCGCUUCGGCCGUCAUCCUGCACUCCGUGUACCUGUGCUGCGUCAGGACGAUGGGGCUGCAGCGGCCAGCCUUAAUCAGCAUCUUCAGGGCCUUCCUCCUCCUCUUCCUCGCCUGCCACAUCUCCUACCUGACCCUCGUCCGCUUCGACUACGGCUACAACAUGGCCGCGAACGCGGCGAUCGGGCUCCUCAACCUGGCGUGGUGGUUGCGGUGGUGCCUGCGGAACCGCCCACGCCUGCCCCACGUCUGGAAGUGCGCGGCCGUGGUGCUGCUGCUGCAAGCGCUGGCGCUGCUGGAGCUCCUCGAUUUCCCCCCCCUCUUCUGGGUGCUGGACGCCCACGCGCUCUGGCACAUCGGCACCAUCCCCCUCAACGUCCUCUUCUAUAGGGUGCUGGGUGACCCUCUCUUGCCCAUGCUGUGCUGGGUGCCCCCCUCUUGA